CCAUAUUCAGCUAGUGGUAGUUUUCAACUUCUUUUUCAACUUCUCUUACCUGAACUAAGAACGUUGUUCUCUUCGUUUCCCACUAGGCCUUGCACUUAAUUCAUAUGCUACUUAAUUGACGGGCGUUCUUUGAAUUAGAUAUCCUUGUCUUGUGAACACACGGACCUCCAAUCUUUUGCAUUGUAUACAUACACGAAUAAUUGAUGGCAUCACGUUGCAUUGGCAGCUCUGAGCUCUCGUACCGUUUAUGGUGGCAGUCCGCUCAGGGGUGUUGAGGCGAUCCCCCGGCCCCAGCCUCUUCAUUUACGUCUACUGACGAUCACUUAAAACAUUAUACGUACGAAUAUCAUUAUACGGGCAAUGUAUCCGUAGACCAAGGGCUGACGAAAUAAUUCUGCACUCGAGUUCAGUUAGAAUUGUCCUCAUUAAAAAUUUCUAAUUAGUGUUACUUCGAAUAAUUAGCAUUUUAUUAAUGAAAAAUGAAGUGUUCCAGAAACUUCCCGGGAUGUGGGAAGCUUUAAUAUAUGUAUAUAAAUUGUAUAUCCCCUGACGUUUUAUUGCAAAGUAAAAGAACAUGAAGCAACAUUAAGUAGUCCGGGUCCGUCAUUAAUUAAUCCAUGAGGCUAAAAUAAUUCGUAAACGAAUGUGCAAUAGUCAAUUUUGAGAGCAUUACUGUCCAAGGUAUUUGCUUCUUCAAUAAGAGGAACUUGAGAGCAGGCGUGAGCAGCAACUCUGACGGAUGUUUUCGAGGAUUUUCGGUAAAAGUCGGCGCUCUCCUCCUCUCACUAACGGAGAUGAUUUCGAGAUAGUAGCAGAUCCGGACGCAGCGUCGUCCGAUGGCCAGCAGUUCACCAUAGAGGGCGCCGCGGCGUUCAGAGACGCAGAGACCGACGUCGCCCCCUCUCCCUCCGCCGUGACUGUGCGCUCUAUAAGUCACGAGGACCCGACGUUUGGAGUGCCCUUCAAGCUGACCAUUGAAAUGGACCCAGCAAGUGGCUCCUCGGAGCUGUCGGAGGCGAUGGCCGUGGUAGCACGGAUACAGACCAUAGACUGGGACCAGUUCGACUACAACUUCAAGCUGGAACAGAACGUGCUCGACGAGUGCGGCGCCAAGCUGCAGAACUCGAUGCUUGAUAUCAUUAAUAACGAAGGUUCCUAGUUUGUUUCAUUGAUUAAUUGAUUCUGAUUGAACUUAUAUGGACUGUAAUUCAAUAAUUAAUAACACAAAUAUAAUUGGAACAAACGAUGUAACGUAAAAUUUUGCUUAAUUUCCAUUCGCAUAUGGUGUAUGAUCUUCUAUGGAUUGUAUCUGCGGAAACAUAAUGUGCAGACAACGUUCCUUCAGUUUGGCCUCUGAUCGCUGUAUUUCCUCUAAGAAACGCUAGAUCGGGGCAUUCGUUUCCUUGAAAUCAGAAAUAAAUUUAUGUACUUUUGCUACGAUUGUUACUACUUAUUCUAUAGGUAGUAAAUAUUACAUGACGUUUGUAUUUUCUCAAUUUAAAUUCUUAAUUCACAGAUGAUAGAGUUACCUCGCUGCACUGUAUGAUGUCAUGAUCCUAAUAAACUACACAAGCUAUCCUUCGAGUACGAUAUCAUACCGGAUAUUAGUAAAGGAUGGCAGAAUUUGUUACUUUAUAUAAGUUUGAUUGAAGAUAUCUUAACGCGAGACCGAAUGCCGCGAUGUGUGCCCUGAUCGUCAAGUGAGGCCUUCCAAAGUUACCUGAUAUGCAGGGCUUUCCAAGGCCUUAGGAGAUUCGAAUAAUUCACUCUCAAUUCGCGCAAUUACUGAAUUUCAUUGAUUCAGAACCCUUCAAAUGAAUGAGAUCAUCGGAAACAACGACGUGAUUUAUGUUUACUAAGGAUUUGCAGAUCAUUACUUGGUUUUGCUCUUGCCCAUUGUGUUAAGAGGACAGAAUUGAGCAUACGAGGCGUGUCCGUAAAAUAAGUUACAUUGGCUGCCACAGGCGCUAGGAUCGUUUCUAUGCGCGACUAGGCAACAGAGACAGGUUGUUUGAUUCCCCACUACAAUCCCUUACCAAGCCAGCCUCACUGCGACGUUUAACCUUGCCUCAGCAGGCGUCAGCGAUGGAGCUUCUUGCGUCUUCCACCAGCUGCGAGUUGCGGUCUGUUAUUCCUGGCCGCUAAGAAAAAAUCGGCGAAGGAACUAUUUCAGCAAGUUGAAGCGGCCCAAGAAUUUCUCGCUUUUCACGGAACAACCGAAGAGGAAUUUCUGGACUCUGUUGUUAGUGGUGACAAAGAUCUGGGCACACUACACCACACCGGAAACAAAAGAGCAAAUGAUGUGACUUCCAUCUCUUUCCGAGUUGAAGAAAACCUUGGCGGAACCCAAUUCCAGACAGAUGCAGUGGUGCCAAACGCGGUUGUUAGUUUUCUACACGGACAGGCGGCAGAGUUCUAUUAUUCUGGUUUAAAAAAGUGGGUGCAUCAAAUGCAGAAGUGCAUAGAACGCAACGGCAAUUAUGUAGAAUAAUAAAAAUGCUGAGCUUCCGGAAAAUGUAAUUUUCUUUGCAAUUAAACAAAUUUUUUUAUGUGAAAUAACUCGUAGAACUCAUUUUACGGACACGUCUCGUAUUAUUGCUUGCUCUCUGCCAGUCUAUCAACUGUUUUAAUUAGUUGUGGUGUCACGAUUAUUGUAAGUUUUUUUCACUUGGCUGUAAAAAUAAUUUGCGAUUUAAUUGAAGAUGGCUAAAUAA